GCGGGCCAGGCCGCCUGGGAGAAGCUUCCAGAGGCCUCGCCGGCUCAGAGGCCUUAGCCCAGGGGUCCCGCGACUGCCGCCCACCGCACAGGAUUUCUGUGCAGCAUGUUUUCUGGGAGGAACUGGGUGGCCCGUGGCUUAUAUCUGCUCUUGAAUAUUUGUUCUCUCAAAGUUUAUGGUGGACUUGUACAGUCAUGUGGUCACAUCCUCCCAGAAUCUCCUGUAUUGGCUCUUGGUUCCAAUUUCACAGCAUUAUGCAUUUUAAAUGAGAGUUGUCUUGACUUUGGUAAUAUCUAUGCUAGUCAAAUUAUCUGGAAAAUUAAAAAUAGAGUGGUACCUAGAGAACAGUAUCGUGAAAUAAACAGAACAGUUUCCAGUGUCACAUUUAAUGACACUUCUUCACUAGCUACUCCCCUGACAUGCAACAUUUUAGCAGAUGGACAGAUUGAGCAGAACAUUUAUGGAAUUACAGUUACACUAGGCUUGCCCCCAGAAAAGCCCAAGAACUUAAGUUGCAUUGUGCAUCAAGUGUUAAAACUGACAUAUCCUAUGACUUGUACCUGGAACCCUGGAAGGCAUACAUUCCUGGACACUCAAUUUAGGUUGAAAUACAGAUGGCCACAUGAGAACUUUCCUGACUGUAUACCAAAAGAUGUAAACAAUUCCUGUACAAUUAAUGAAGUUCUCUUCUUUGUUAACCUGGAGGUCUGGGUAGAAGCAACAAAUGCUCUUGGGAAGGCUGAAUCUGAUCCUCUUGUUCUUGAUCCCAUUGAUAUUGUUAAACCUCUGCCUCCACACAACUUAUCAGUCAACUCGGGGAUACUACCAACUGUUCUCAAGCUUUCCUGGGAGAAUAGGAUUUCAGCAGCUGUGAUGAAGUUGAAAUUCAAUAUUCGGUAUAGGAUCAUCGGUGACACAAACUGGAUGCAGGUUCCUCCUGAAGAUACAGCUUCACCAAGAACUUCAUUCAGUGUUCAAGGGCUCAGACCCUACACAGAGUAUGUCUUUUCAAUUCGUUGUAUGAAGGAAGAUGGAGUGGGCUACUGGAGUAACUGGAGUGAUGAGAAAACUGGAGUUACCACUGAAGAUAAACCAUAUAAAGGACCAGCCAUAUGGAGGAUCAUUGAUGCAUCUCGCUCACCAGCUUCCUGGACUGUGCAUCUGAUGUGGAAGGCAUUGGAGCCAUUUGAAGCCAAUGGAAUAAUCUUGCAGUAUGAAGUGACUGUCAGACCUAAAUCGUCUCUCUCUAGUCCACCAGAGAGAUUCAAUGUUAAUACCACCAAUCUUACAUUGAAGCUGCCAAAUGGAACUUACGAAGUGGCUGUGAUUGCCCGAAACAGAGUUGGGGCAUCCCCUCCAUCAGUCUUACUUAUCCCGGCAAGUAAUUCAAAAGCUCCUGUGAAGAAUGUUAGAACACUGCCUAAAGAUGGCAAGUUGUGGGUAGGGUGGACUGCUCCUAACACUUACAUUCUUAAAUAUGUGAUUGAGUGGUGUCUGGUGUCCAACAGCUCAGACUGCAUCAUAGAAUGGCAGAAUGAACCAGGAAAUGUUCAAGGGACAUACUUAAAAGGUGACAUAAAACCAUUCAAGUGUUACUUGAUAACUGUGUACCCUCUGUAUGCUGAUGGUCAGGGAAGUGGACAGUCUGUGAAGGCUUAUCUUCAGCAGGAUCGUCCUUCGAAAGGACCAACUGUUCAGACAAAAAAGGUAGGAAAAGCUGAAGCUGUUUUGACAUGGAACCAUCUCACAGUAGAUGAACAGAAUGGAUUUAUCAGAAGUUACACGAUCUUUUACAAAACCAUCGAUGGAAAUGAAACAGCUGUCACAGUGGAUCCUUCCAAGACUGAGUAUACUCUUUCUUCUCUGGCCAGUGAUACACUGUAUACUGUGCGGAUGAUGGCAUACACAGAUGAAGGAGGCAGGAGUGGUCCUGAUUUUACAUUUACUACACAAAAAUUUGGGAAAGGAGAAAUUGAAGCCAUAGUUGUACCUGUGUGUCUAGCAUUCCUGUUGAUUGUGCUCCUUGGAGUUUUGUUUUGCUUCAACAAACGUGAUUUAAUUAAAAAGCAUAUCUGGCCUAUUGUCCCUGAUCCAUCCAAGAGUAACAUUGCUCAGUGGUCUCCUCAAGUUCCAGCUAAGGCAACAUCCAUCUCUUUCUUUCAGCAUAACUUUAGUUCCAAAGAUCAGAUGUACCCAGAAGGCAGCUUUACAGAUGUAAGCGUCGUAGAAAUAGAAGCUGAUGACAAGAAGUCUUUUUCAGAACAAGACCUAAAACCAUUUGACUUGCUUAAAAAGGAAAAAAGUACUUCAGAAGGGCACAGCAGUGGUAUUGGAGGAUCUUCAUGCAUGUCUUCUCCUAGGCAAAGCGUCUCUGACAGUGACGAAGGUGAAACUACACAAAACACUUCAAGCACUGUACAGUAUUCAACUGUAGUACUUAAUGGCUACAGAGACCAAACACCAGUGCAAGUCUUUUCGAGGUCUGAGUCAACUCAGCCACUGCUAGAUUCAGAGGAGAGAUCAGAGGAUCACAUUGGAGGAGGUGACAGUACAACACGGAGGCAGCAGUAUUUCAAACAAAGUGGUGGUCCGGAUGAAGCCAGUGCAGACAGGCCAUGCUUUGAAGGAACAAAGCAAAUUACUUCUGAUGAUGAAGGGGAUCUUGUCAGAUUUGCACAACUGCAGGUCUCAAGUCAGAGUUCACAGCUGUUGGGCUUUGGGCUGGAAAAAGAUACCCAGGAAGCUGCUUUAUCAGAUGUUUCAGAGACAAGUACUGAAGGGCAAACGGUGAGACGUGAAACAGGAGAAGGAAAUCCAGCAUCAUUUGAUCAAAUGCCAAAGAGUUACCUCCCGCAGACUGUGAGACAAGGAGGCUAUAUGCCUCAGUGAGAGAAGAAACUGGCUCUGUUAAGGCCUUCGUUAGUGCCUGUUCACAUUUUCUCCUGUGUUCCUGCUAAAUUAAGCUAGGUAUUUUUAUCUGGAUAUAGAUAGAAAUACUGAAAUUAAGUGAAGAGUAAUUUGAUAAAGUACAAUAAGGACUGUGGUUUUGUGGAAUACUUGCAGUCCAGACCUAGCAGAGACUUACUUUUAUGCACUACAUUAAAAUCUUAUGUCUGGAUAGCUGAACAAGCCUUUGUGCAACCUUGGGGAUUUUUUUUUUUCUGUCUUGUCAUACCAUGAUUAAAAAUGGCAAGUUUCGAUUAUUCACAUCAGCCAGUAGACCUCCUAGAAGAAAUACUUUGAUUUGUGACAGUGUACAAGCCUAAAAAGCCAGAUUUAGUUGCUUGGAGCAUCUUUGUGCAAGAAGUAAGACUGAAGUUUAGUAUUCCAGUGUAGAAGAACACCUACUUUUGUCACAUGCUUUUCAGUAGCUUAAGUUGACUUCCUGAAUUUUGACUUGGCCCAGUGUCUGUUUCCAGCUUACUGGAUUAUGCAAAUCAUGUUCAUCCCUGUUUAAAAGUUCAAACAGAACUUGUAACAGUGUGCAAAUAAGACAACACUGCAAUUGUGUGACUCUGGGUGCUACUAGAGUAACGGAUAUUCUGCCGACAUUUAGAUACCAUGUGCACAUGGACUGCAUAAUUUGGCCUAAAAAUGUGCCUUGCACAGCAAUUCAGUCUCAUGCCUGAAAGUUUAAAAAUCCAGAUGGAAACAUAAAUGAUCACUUAAAGAUUUCUGUACUGGAAUCACUGGCUGAUGAUCCCACGCUACUCUCAUCGUAUGAGUUGCCUUUGUUUAAUAAGUGCACCUUGGCUGUACACAGCUUUAGAGCUCUUAAGUUUUUACCAUUUUUCUAACCGCUCACAAGAAAGGGAAUAUUCCUCCUGAUUGACUACAAGGAUUCCUCCUUGAAACUGAAAGCAGCGAAAAGAGAAAGCAUUGAAGUCACUGAAGCUCUCAGAGGGGGAAAACAAAACCUAUACCGUUAAACUAAAUGUUACUGGUAGUAUGUAUCUGUUAGCAAUGUGACCCAUGGGUGACAACUUCCUUGGUAAUUAGAAUUUCUUACUUUUUUCUUAUGUCUUACUUUUUCCCUGUUCAUACAGCGUGUGUUUUAUUCAAGAAGAUAAAUUUCUUGGAGACUAUCUCUACCAGGGUUCAAAGAUAAAUGAGAUUACAUUAAAAUAAACCCCAUCUCCAAUAAUAACUAGAAAUUUUACAGCAUUCUUGGAGAUUUUUUUUUUUUAACCUUAACUUAAUCUAUUCACCUUUCUUUGACACUAACAAAACCUCAGUUCAAAACACUAAAUGUUUAGAGAACAAAAUAAGGGCUUCAUUUCUCCUUCAGCAAAAGAAGUCUGUAUUGAAGACUACCUGAAGUGUUUUGUGCUAUGGCCUGUGGUGCUGCUGUUCUGCAAAGCACUUGGCCAAAGGCCCUGGGAAGGCAGAUGUCAGAAUCAUUUCAAGUUCCCUUGUCCUUAUCUGCCAGCUUGUCUGGAAGGACAGGUUAUACAUGCAAAUGUUCCCAUAUGUCUUCUGCUUCUGAAAGAACGUCAAUGGUAAAUUUAUGAGAUUACCUCUUGAACUCUGGAGUAUUUAAAACAGUUAAAUGUUAAAAGAUUUUUGCAUUCUUUCAUUAUUCCACAAUUCCUUUCUCCCAACAGUAUUUUUUUUUUUUUUGUACCUGGGCACUUUUUUUUUAAACUAAAAGGCUAUAUUGCAGCUUACUACAACUACACCUUUCUUCAAAGCAGUGUCCUUUCCUUUGCUCCCUGCUCCACCUCAGCACCUUCAACUUCUCUCCCAGCGGUCACGGUCAUAAUAAAAACUAUGCUGUUGUGAGACAGCAGACACUGUCUUUCAUUUCUUUCAGAGGCUGAGGGAGCAUUCCCUUGUCAGAACACGUUCCUCCUAGAAAAUGUUAGCUGUUACUUUGCUGGGGGAUGUGUUGUCUUCUCUAUGCAAACUUCGUUGUGACUGCAGAAACUGCAAGUCAAAGGAAAGGUUUCUGAAUCAGUGUAUGUGCUUAUUAAAACUUCCGUGCAGCCCACCUCCUGCUCACCUCUCAAAUACUGUCGGUCACAACCUGACUGCUUAGUCUGAAUAUUGCUUCAAGGGCCUGGAUGUUUUCAGAAACAUGCUGAUGUUUUUUGUUAUUGUUGUUACUAUCAAGAUACUAGAUCGUGAUAGCAGAUCUUGUGUUUGAGGGACAGCUUCAGCUAUUGCCUUUCUCUUGUGUGAAGGGAAAGUAUUUUGUUCUCUCUUUUGCUAUUGGUUCUAGACCCUUUCCAACAUACAACAAACAGUGUGAAUUGAUUCUCGUUUUUUAAAGCUCUGUUAUAACACGAGUUAUGGCCUGCCACUGCUGGCAUCUGUCUUUGCUGUUUAUGGGCCAUUGGUAAUAAACUCAAGAGUUGUACAGGAGUGUACCCCAGAGAGCUCUGGCUGGCUGGCAGAGGUGUAUUCUUUCAGGCUUGUGCAUUUAUCUAGGGCUAAAAUGCUAAAGACUAAGCAGGAGAUACUGGUGGAUGAAUUAAUUUCUUGAAACCAUAAUACAUAUAACAUUUACAGCUUGUUCAUAAACUUAUGUGCCAAAUAUUAUAUCAAGCAGCGUUCAGGGUUUAACUGGAUUUUGUACUUUUGAUCAUAACAAUCUAAUUGAACCAAACAAUACAGGUUUUAAGAGUAUCUAUAAUGUUAAGUAUAACAAUCCACUGAAAUCCUCUGAACUUGGCCCUAACAUAGUAAAGAAAGCUUGCUGCUCCCAGCCCCCUAUAACUGUGGUGCACUUUACAGAAUAAAGGCAUUAUUAAAAUAAAAUCGUACUUCAGUAUUGACAUUUUCAUGUCCAUCUUGACUUCCUGGACUGAAAUUUUUCAGAUAGGGGUGGGAGAAUAUUUGUAAAGACCUUGUUACUGUGGUGGCAGGGAGGAGAGGCUAGCAGAAAUUGUAAGUAUGUUUCCUAUGUUAGCACAUGUGACACACCUCAGUGCAGGCUAUAAUUGUUCCUGUGUUCACAAGAAAAAUGGAUGUAAGACCUGUAAUUUUGUUGCGGCAGACCUGUGGGAAGCGGAGGUGGCAGGGGCUGUUUCUGGGAGGCAUUUGCUGGUGCUCAGGGCAGUUAGGCUGGGAGUGUCCUCCCCCUGUAGUGGAAGCCUUGGGCUUCUGUUUCAUAUGCCUCUAUGUAAUAAACUAAACUGCCUGCUAAGCCACAACCUAGCAAUGCAAAGCAGAGCAAAAAAAAUUCUAAACAUCAUUCUGGAGUGCUUGUAACAAGCACAUGUGUGUCUGUGCUACCACUGCCCAGGAAGGUGAUUAAUUGUCAGGACUGGAAAAAGCAUUGGUCCUGGGAGGAGAAGGAGGAGGGAGUUUGCUUGCAAGGGCCAAGCCCUGUUCUUGAGUGCUGGAGAAGGCUCGUGUCUGGCUGAGGGGAUUGCAGCUUCGUCUUUGGCUGUAAGUCACAAGCACUGACAGGUGGUUAGAACUCACAGCACUGCCAAGAAGUGGGAAUUGCCAGACUGAUUUAGUGGUGGCAAUUGAGCUUGUUUAAUUAGUGUUAGGUCUUGAAUAUCCAAAACCCAAGUUAAAGUAUGCUGCUAUGGUAUCGACUUCACAAUGGGACCUGAAACUCAACAAAGACUCUCAAAUUGUUAACUCUCAUCCCUGCUCCAGGAUGAACACAGUUUAUACUGUAAUUUAUGUGCAUUAACUUGGGCUAAAUAUAUUGUUCAUUUUUGCUAAGACAGGUGUAAUUAACUUUGUCAUACAUUCCCGUAAGUAUAUUAAAAAGUUCUCCUGCAUCAUACAUUGUAAAACUUCAUUGAUUCCCUCUAACCUCUUGUCUGUUUGCUAGGAUGGAUACAUAUAUCAAUUUUAAAUUCCAAGAGUUGCUUUUAAUGUUAUCUGGAAGCAGUCUAUAACAAAAAAAGUUAAGACUUUUGUUGUGAAACAGUCAUUUGGGAAUUACAGCCAACAUUGCAAUCUCCAGCUUAGCUCUUGAUCGAGAACACACAGUAAAGCAGAGAAAGGUGAAAUAAGUACCUCACGUUAGACUCACAGAUUCCUCUUUCUCUGCCUUAAAAGCAAAAGGAUCAGUUAGGGGUUAAAAAAAAAGGGAUGAAACUGAAAGAAGUGUAUGUGCUUGCUUUCACUGUCAUUUCCUUUGUAAUACUUGUACGAUCUGAGCCAUUCUGAAGAAGGGAAGCAGUGCUGGCAAUGCACAAGGAUGCAUUUUUAAGGCCACAACAUUUGAUACAAGCCAAUUUAGAACCAAGGACUGAUGGGCUGAUCUCAACAAUCGUUUACUUCCACCUCCCCUCUUACUUGUAAUGCAGAGAGAAGGUGGGCGGGAAGUGCCUCCCAGAAUACAGCCUUAGCCACUACUCAGCUUUAUUGCAAAGACAACUUUGAAGGGGAUAUACGCAAUAAAGUCACUGCUACUCUGCAGAAGCACACUUCUGUAACAACAAAUGAACAACACGUAUGGCACAAACGUUGACAGCGGGAGAGAUGGAAAGCUCUGUGUCCUCCUGCUCCAACUGGAGUGUUUUGCCCAUGCAUGGGCCGCGCUCCAGGGGUCCUGCAGCCAUUCAGCCAGUCUCUGGAGCCUUGGAACUGGUUGCAUCUGGCACUUCUCCUCUCAAGCACAGCUGUGGAUGGAUCUGGUCAGCUUGCUGUGUUUCUGUAAUGCACCAGGCUUGUUUACAGUGUCACGUACAGCAAUGGAUUGUUGAGUAACCAAGUGCUUUUCUUUGGGGAUAAGGAGUCUGUGGUCAAGGUUACGGGCCACCAAAUGUUGCUGUGCUGAUAUGUGCAUUGAGGUGAGCAGAGGCAUGGGACAGAGGGACGGACCUAAUGAGGAAAGUGCCUUGAUGCUGGAUUGGGUGGCUAGUGAAUGUAAACAUGUCAAAUUUUACUAUAUACUUAAAGUAACUGUGGCUGAUGAAGCUACUGUUAGUUUGAAUGCCAGCUUUAAAGGGCUUGCAUACUCCAGCCAGAGGUAGAGCGUGUACAAUUGCUGCAUAAGCUGUCUGUAUAUGGAAAUAUGUUUAAUACCAGUACACUAUCUUAAUUCUUUUGCAAGCUGCAUGCUUAUUGUCAUAUAAACUCUACAGUUUAUGGUAAAUUUUGAAUGUCUUCCUCUUUGUUACGCAACUGAGCCUGAAUGUUGCAUUUGUCCAGUACAUAAUACACAAAAAGAAACAUAAUGAAAUAACAUACUUACCUCA